AUGACAUCUCUCGCACCCACACCCUCCACAGAGAUUUCCGAAUCUCCCGCUCGAGAAGAAGCACGCGCCUAUCUGCACAAUCUCCUCUGCAAAAAUCCUACUCGUUCACACAACCGAUCAUCGCAUGUUUCGGGGGGAAUUCAAGUGUACCGAUUCUAUAAAGAAGAAGAAGAAGAACCCCAAGAAGAGAAAGCUAACCCAUUCUCCACACCCCAGGACCUCAACGUAAUCCUCUCCGAAACCUACGAAUAUCGCAUUCCCCCCUCUCCCCCCACACCCACACCCACAUCCACAACCUCCUCAUCCACACAACCCAAAGAUCCCACCUCCUCCGUCUCGCAGUCCCAACCCCAACCCCAACCCCUCCUAAACAUCACCCCCCGCUGGCUCGGUCUCGUCGUCGUCCCCGGCGCCCACAUCCUCCGCAUCGAGCUCGAAGAAUUCGAAAGCCAAACACGCGGUCGCAAAUCCUAA